AUGGAACAGUGGAGUGGUAAACAACGUGCUUAUGCGACAAAAUUGUUUUACAAAAAAGGCAGUUACGUAGCCGCACAGCGUGCAUUUCGUCUUCAUUUUAAUCUUAAACCCCAUGAUUCGGUACCAUCGGCUAAGGCUAUUCAAAUAUGGAUAACCAACUUUGAAGAAACGGGUUCAGCAUUAAAAAAGAAGCCUGUACGACAAAAAACCAUUCGCACACCUGAAAACGUCACUGCUGUCAGAGCCGUGUAG